AUGGCAUCCGUUAAUAUGUCAUAUCUAGACCCCACAACACUGAUGCUAAUUGGGAUCCCCGGACUACAGAACGUGCAAUUUUGGAUUGGGUUUUCCUUCUUUGCAAUAUGCCUGGUGGCUCUUCUGGGAAAUACUAUUUUACUAAUCAUUCCUACAGAACACAGCCUGCAUCAACCCAUGUACGUUUUCCUGGCAGUGCCGGCAGCCACUGACCUAGGGCUCUGUGUAGCCAUUGCUCCCAAGAUGUUGGCCAUCUUCUGGUUUGGCUCAUGCUCCACGGCUUUUGAUGCUUGCUUAGCCCAGCUUUUCUUCAUUCAUGCCUUGCAGGGCAUGGAAUCUGGCAUCCUGCUGGCCAUGGCCUUUGACCGCUCUGUUGCCAUCUGUGAUCCACUGAGGCACGCAUCCAUCCUCACACCAUCCAUCCUGGUCACUAUGGUGCUGGUUGUGGCAAUUCGGGCAAUGGUGCUUGUUGGCAUUUUACCAAUUCUAAUCAAAAGACUACACCUUUUCCAUUCCGUUGUAAUUGCUCACUCCUACUGUGAGCACAUGGCCAUGGUCAAGCUAGCUGCAGAAGACAUCCGAGUCAAUAAAACAUGUGGUCUCCUAGUAGGUUUUACAAUACUGGGAUUUGACAUGAUUUUCAUCUUCAUUUCCUAUAUCCUUAUUUUCCAGGCUGUUUUUCAUCUACACCAAAAGGAGGCACGGCUCAAAGCAUUUAACACAUGCACAGCUCAUAUUUUUGUUUUCCUUGAGUUUUAUAUUCUUGCCUUCUUCUCCUUUUUCAGCCACCGUUUUGGACAUGUUGCUCCUUCUACCCACAUCCUUCUUUCUACCAUCUAUCUCCUUGUGCCACCUGCACUCAACCCUAUUGUCUAUGGUGUAAAAAAUAAGGUAAUUCGUCAGCGUGUGGCACAGAUUUUUCUUCUGAAUCGUCACUCCCAGCAGUAA